UAUACACAUAAAAUGUUUUUUUCAUGUGUAGACCGAAAUGUGAUCCCGGAUCUGUGUGUGGUUCACUGGUGUGUAUGACAUGUGUCACAUGAUGUCGGAAACGUGUGUGGUCUUCUUCAAUGACCCCACACACGCUAAGAAAGGGUCAGAGUGUGUGUGUGCGUGUGUGAGUGUGUGUGUGUGUGUGUGUGUGUGUGUGUAUGUGUAUUCCACAGCUGGUUGUGUUCAUGCAGUGGAUUGUGCGGCAAGCGUCACGUUUCACUUGCUGCCUGAUAUGUGAUAGCAGCAUUGUGUGUCAGGUCUUGUUACACGUAAACACACACACACACACACACACACACACACACACACACACACACACACACCAACACACACACACACGCAUAGAAACACACACACACACAGAAACACACCGAGUGACGGAGGCAAAUUGCGACUAAAAGCCGGUGAAGCAGUGACAUCUUUGAGGUGAGGCGGGUCAAGAAGAAGAAGAACUGAAUGUGUGCCCUGGACUGUGUGGGAGAGACCAGAGUCCUCCGGGCAGGACCGACCUUCUGACCUUCUGACCUUCUGGAUGUGGACCAGGCCGGCCCAAAGCUGCAGAGAUGAGGAAGGCGGCAGUGAUGGUUUGGAUCUGCCUUCAGGUGCAAGCGUGCGCGGGGGCGGGGGGGCAGCACGCACGCCAGCUGCUCAGCGACCUGAUGGAGGACUACUCCAACGCUCUCAGACCCGUGGAGGACACGGACGCUGCCCUCAACGUCUCCCUGCAGAUCACCCUCUCUCAGAUUAAAGACAUGGACGAGAGGAACCAGGUGCUGACCACCUACCUGUGGAUCAGACAGGUGUGGCACGAUGCCAACCUGAAGUGGCACAAGGAGGACUACGAUGAUCUGGAGAUGAUCAACAUCCCCAGCGAGCUGGUGUGGAAGCCAGACAUUGUCCUCUACAACAAAGCAGACGAGGAGUCGUCGGGCACGUCCAACACCAACGUGAAACUGCGCUACAACGGCGAGAUCGUCUGGGACUCCCCGGCCAUCACCAAAAGUACGUGCGUGGUGGACGUGUCUUAUUUCCCUUUCGACUGGCAGCAGUGCAACCUCACCUUCGGCUCCUGGACCUACAACGGGAACCAGGUGGACAUCAGCCUGGGGAUGGACAGCGGCGACCUGUCGGACUUUGUGGAGAACGUGGAGUGGGAGUGUCACGGCAUGCCGGCGGUGAGGAACGUGAUGAUGUACGGGUGUUGCUCCGACCCUUACACCGAGGUCACCUACACCUUGCUGCUGAAGCGCCGCUCCUCCUUCUACAUCUUCAACCUGCUCCUGCCCUGCUUCCUCAUCUCCUUCCUGGCGCCGCUGGGCUUCUACCUGCCCGCCGACUCGGGGGAGAAGGUGUCGCUGGGCGUGACCGUGCUGCUGGCGCUCACCGUCUUCCAGCUGCUGGUGGCCGAGAGCAUGCCGCCGGCCGAGAGCAUGCCUUACAUCGGAAAGUACUACAUCGCCACCAUGACCAUGAUCACAGCUUCCACGUCGCUCACCAUCUUCAUCAUGAACAUUCAUUUCUGCGGCGCCGAGGCCAAGCCGGUCCCUCGCUGGGCCAAAGUCCUCAUCAUAGACUACAUGUCCAAAAUCUUCUUCGUCUACGAGGUGGGGGAGAACUGCACCACUCCGGAGUGCCAGGAGAAGCCGCUGCACCCUGACGACGCCGUGAGUCACGUGACCUCCGACCUCCACGACCGUGACGGCCGGCACCGGGACUACAAGGACCACGACUCUCGCCAGAAGCGGGCCGAGGGGAACCGAGGGACUGGCCGGCACUACCACCACCAUCACAUCACCAGAGAGGAGCUGGACUACCAGGCCGCUCCUCAUCCUCUGAACCUGCACUUGAAUGGAGAACUGAAGGAUCAGGUCCUGGGUCCUGAGGACCAAGAUCUGACCCCCUCCUGUCCCUGCAGCUGUCCCUGCCUUCAACAUAACCAGGUGGUGAAGAACAUCCAGUACAUGGCCAACUGCUUCCGAGAGCAGCGGGCCACUUGUGUCAAGGCAGCAGAGUGGAAGAAGGUUGCCAAGGUGAUGGACCGAUUCUUCAUGUGGAUCUUCUUCAUCAUGGUCUUCCUCAUGAGCGUCCUCAUUAUCGCCAAGGCCUCGUGACGUCCGCCUUCUUCUAUCGAGUUUCUUGUUUCCCCUCCAACACUAAUCCUCCAUUAUCUCUGGACAUCCGAGUCACCUAAUUGCCAUCUUAGAGGUGGAAGGAAUCUUCACACCUAUUGUGUGAAGGUGUGUCAGGUGUCACCGUUGUGCUGUCAAUCAUUAUUGAUCAACUGCACAGGCAGGAGGAUCUCUCAAGUUGGAUCACCAAAGUGAAGUCACUCUUGAUGUACCGGAUUUCCUCCAAUUUCCUCGCUAAUUCAUUUAAAACCUCUUCUCACUCCGGCGUUUACCAAAGGCAUGCGGUAAAAAUAGGCCUGCGCUUAUACAUUUGAGUGUGAUGUAAGGAUACCAUCAUGAAAAGCACAUUUAAUUUAAAAAAAAACCUUAUUAUGGUCUUACCUUUACUUAUAAAUGAAGUCCAUGGGCAGCUCCUUCUGAUCAAAAGCAUCGAUAACUUGUUUAUAGAAGUCUUCCUUAUCUUUCUUCAGUUUUAAAAGUCUCUCUGUCUCCAUGGAGAUCUUCCUUUAUUACCUCCUGCUUCGAUUGAAAGUCCAGUUUAGAAAACGGUUUUAUUUUAGAUAUGUAAUCCUCCAUGUUAAAAGUGCAAGCAAGAGGAAAAAAUUAACUCUUGCUGGUUGUUGUCACUUCUUCUGCAGCCGAGUAGUCGCAAGAAGGAUCACUAGCGCCCUCUACCACCGGGAGGCGGGAGUCAUUUAAUGACUCAUAUUUGACACACGCAGCUACGGUAUAUUAAUAAAACAUAGCUGCUUACUGUUCAUUUUAGCAUAUUCAAUAGCUUGGACCUUAAAUCCUACUGAAUAGCUCUUAAUCUAAUUUCCUUUAUGCGAUUUCAAAUGAUUGAAAUCAGCCUCCUCCAUUUUGAAAAUGAUGACAGGUGAAGUGUCACUCGUGACGUGACGAGUUUGACCCGGUGGAAAUUCUACACAUGCGCUAAUAAAAAUAAUAUUUUGCGAAACGAGUUUGACCCGGCAGUAAUUCUAGACAGGUGCAUACUAUAUACCCGGCGGCAAUUCAAGGAAAUACGGUAAGCACAUUUAAUCAGAUUUCAGGUGAGUUUGCUUUUGAUCUGUAAAUAUUCCUGUUUUUAUUCCGUUUCUGAGUGCCCUAGAAACUGCUUUAUGAAUAAAAUGUUUGCCCAG